CUAAUUUUGGGCUGCAGCCAAUCUAUGCCUGCAGUCAAUCUCAUUCCUGUGUAACAAGUAAGAGAAAUAUUAUUUAUCACAAGGGUCUGAAUAUGAAACCUACCACAUCACCAGGCUGUGUCAGAAUCGUACAUACCUACCCCCCAAAGAUUGAUGCAUGAUGCGAGUUGCUUUGCACCGAUAAUAUUCGCAUCAAGAUUUUUCUAUGUUUACGUGAAAAUGUCGAAAAUGAGACGCCGCUGCGCGCUACCUCCGCUGCUCCUCGUUGUUGCCGACCGGAAGGGCGCACCAGGACUGGUGUUGCGUAGCGGUAUUUGCUCUGACAUUGACCCGUCUUAUCGUCAACCAAGAGAGGCCUGCAGAGAGAGGAGGAAACAACAACAAGGCUAUCUAAAAAGUGAACGAGUCAAGAGUCUGCUUUCCAACAAGCUCGGCUAGUUUAAUGUUUGUGACAGGACAUUGCAUUACCUCAUGGUACUUCAACGCUACACCCAAGAAGCAGAAGAGGCAAGAGCGAAUCUAUUUCCAUCAACGCCUGCAGGCAUUCACUCACUCACUCACUCACUCACUCUGUCGCCAACCUAACCUAACCUAGCCUAACGCAGCCUCUUCCAAUACCGAUCCUCAAUCUAUUCGCAAACAGGUGAAAAAUCAAACCGAGGAGCCAAGCCCUUACUAGCCAGACGUGGCAAGACGCAGAAAAAUGCGGCGUUCACAGAGAUCGAAAGCAUGGGCGAAUCGGUACAAGGUGGAGGAGACGACAGCGAAUCUAAAUCUUCAUUUUUUGAAGUUACGCUGUCAGACUCUGACAGUCAGAGCUAGUAUCUUUUUUAGAUACUUCUAAUUGUUCUUCUCCAUCUGCAAGAGUCAAGUCCACGUGAAAUCAUAGAGCCUAUGCCUAGCCAAGUCAAUGGACCAACUGUAAAUGAGUCAGGCCACCCAGUCAACCAAGCACUCAGUCAUGCACCCAAUCACCCAGUCAAUCAAUCAGCCAAGAACAUCUAAUCAUGGCAAAAACCCGGCCGAGUCGGAAGAAAAGCGUGAGCGGAUUCCUGAUUAAGGCACAUCGUCGUCGUUUCUCCAUCAUCAUGAAGAUCUAGAAAUAAAACGACCUCUAGCUGUAGUACUAAAUGGGACACCAGCACGAUGAUGACACAGCCUGUGCUAGGUGGAUUUGAAGUUCGAUGUAGUAGCAUGGUAAAGUACAUCAAUGGUGUCCGUAGCAGUAUCGUGUACUAUGUAGUAGCUCGAUAGUAGUACUAGGAUAGACGUCAUGACAACUCCUUCUAAGGCAAUAGCUUCUUUGCGAAGUAUUUUCGGGAACUGGUUCGUUCCUCCAUGGGAGAAUACGACUGCACGCAGAACCGGGCGUUUCUCAAGGAAUAUACUGUUAUGAGAACCUUUAGUUUACUUUUGUCUUGCUGGUAGAGACGUAGGAAUGAUGAUUGAAGAAAUUCUUGUGUUUUGAUAUGAUCAUAGGCGGGUUAGUAGGUUGGCUCCACCCCUAUUAUCAUAGGCGGGUUACUAGCUUAGUAAAUUCCCAAUCCAUACAUAUUUCCAGAGUAGCGCCACGAUUUUACGGAGCUACAACUUCGUGCGUGGUACAUUACUAAAUACUUUUCGUCAUUAAAGUUAGUAUAGGGUUCUUUGUUUUGUCCUCAAGAUCCAACAAUAGGCUCGAUUUCAGAUCAUCACCGCGAUGUAGAAAGAAGUAGUAGUGUCUAUCAAACCCCUGGAGUGGGUACAUUCAUUCAUUCAUUCAUUCACUCCGUCAUCCGUAUGUUUUUUUUUUUUUCCAUAGGAAGGACUACAUGCUGCCUCCCAUUCAACUACUUAAAUAACCUCAUUUAACAACUUACAUACCGGGGGAGCAAGAAGACCGUGUCACAACGGCCAAACCCUAAGACUAUCUGAGAGAGCUCGUAUGACGAGAGUGCAGCAUCAUGACCUCUAAUCGUUGUACCAAAUUUCCUCCUGCUGCGUUAGCGGAAAAAAACCUUCUUAACAAGAUGAUGCAGGAGCUGCCCAGCCUGGAUCGGCAGGAUGUCGAAAAAGACUGGAACGCGUACAAGAAUGCGGAGAUGGACAGCAACGUCGUCGUGAUCUGGAAAGCUGUCGAAGAAAAUGCGCUAAUCCCGAAAGCAGGCGACGAAGAUGCGUUACAGGACAUUAAGGAAGGCCUUCUGCAAGCGACCAGUAAAUAUUGUCCUUCUACAAUGACUUCAAACACAGGGUUAGAGCUGUUUGUACAUCAAUUCAAUUCGUAUACUGCAUGCUCCUGAGGAGCAUUGUGCUGCCAUGAUAAUAGAUGAGACGGAAGAGGGUAGAGGGUGACGGAGAGGCCAAGAAACAUCUUUCUGACUGAUAAAAAUAAGUGAAUGAAGGCUGAGUUUUUCCUCUCGUAUGAGUGAUCACGAAUUGGGAACGCUAGCCUUCGUGCUUUAAAUUUCCCGCCCUCCCUUCCCUUAAAGUUUUCUAGUGAGCGUAUGUAGGUAUCGGCGCGGGGGCUUUGAUUUUGUGCAGAUCUUACCCUAGUAUUUUCUUCUGGCCAUUUUCCGACGGCCUCUGGGCCGCUCUAACUGAGUGAUCGCAUUUUUAUUGUCCCUCUACAUUGACUUCAAACCCGAUAAUAGAUGAGACGGAAGAGGGUAGAGGGUGACGGAGAGGCCUCACCACCGUUAGUUAGGACGGACACACAGGUAACAUGACAUGACAUGAAGACGCACUGUCUAAUGAAAUUGGUGCCCUUGUUUGCGUUGUGCCACCGGAAGUAGCAGCACUGGCUCACGGCGAUGAGUCACCUGUAAGGCUCGAUGAUUGUUUUCCCCAUAGAUAUUUACUUUGCUAAGGGGAUCUAUCAUAAAAUUGGGUUGCAUUGAUUUUUAUCGCGUGAUAAGUUUUAAUAAGUAGGAGAUAAAAUUGAGUUCAAUUAUCGUCUGGUAAGUUUUCAUAUUCGUGAAUGCUCACCGCUCUGCAGGCGAGCUAAUUCCUAUCCUAUCCUAAGUAGUUGGCCCAUUUGCGACGCAAGUAAUUGCGAUGGAUUUCAUUUGAGUCACAGUCAGCUGGGCCAUACGAGGACAAUUUGAUAUAGUUAUACUUCUACUUGGUCCAUGUAAUAAAUUCGUUAGUCCAUAGUACAUCAUUUGCGUCGACAUAGAGGAGCACCUACCACGUGCACUUAUUAUGUCAUCUAUUGUACAGACGUCUAAUCCUUUGGGACGAGCACAAAGGGGCAACUUAUUGGGAAAAACUGGUCACCGAUUUUCGUGCCUCUUUCUUGCCUGGUCAUCGGCCACCGAUGAAGGAUCAUGUAUGUCAAAAUUUUCAUUUUGUUUUUUUUUAUCGACAUUAUGAAUGAAUGAGUGAAUGAAUGUACCCACUCCAGGGGUGUAAUCUUAUAACCCCAUUGAUUCUGUUUAACAACCACAAGAAUGCACCCAUCUUGUAUGAGAAUGGUACGGUAGAACACAGCAGCAGGAAUGAUUUUACUUUGAUGUUGCGCUAACUUCGAUCUGGUGCUACUAGUCCUUCCUUCGUAUAGUACGAUAUGGGGAAACUCUCUCCUUCAAUGAACGAGGAAACGUCUCUCCAACUACUCUUCUUCACGCUAUGUUCAUUUUUCAAGUCGCCAGGGAAAUCUUAGGCAGAUUGCCGAGGAGAUUCACGGCGUCCCUAUGAUUAUUCUUUUGUCCAUAUGACCCAGGGCAUCUGGUAGUCUGCUUAAUGGGGCUGCGUUAAUCCGCUUGAGAAUGCAGCCAGCUAAACCCUGCGGACGGCGGAUCACACCCUAAUCCUAAUCCUAAUCCGCGUCAGUAAAUUAGUACAUUCUUUAAGAUGCAGCUCAUGAAUAGGAAAACAACAGGUGAACUCCUUAUCGAUGUGGACGCUGCCUCCGCCGCAAAGGCUUGCUCCAGUGCCUCAGGAGGUGGAAUUCCAGGUCCAGGCCUACCUUAUGCUUUCAGGGUAUUUGUCGAGAAUUAUAGGUACUUCUAACUGAUAAGUGAACAGGCCAACGCCUAAACCACUAAGCCAACUGCGCAGUUGAGGGCACGUUAGAAGUUACUUGCUUGUUGCGGGUACGUAAUGGGUGCUAACUAGAUGAAGUUACUUCUUUGUUGUCUAAGUGCAGCUGCGGCUUUGGCACUAUUUCGCACACGUGGGUGGAAAUCCAGCAAAAUGUGGCUGACCCAAAAAAAGGGUAUCUCGACAGUACGCAACCUAGCCCUUAGCCAACACCUGCUAAGCUCAGAAAGAUUUUUUUCGUUUGAGAAGAUAUUAUGUCCUUUGGUCUUCCAGGGUCCACCUCAUCAUUGAUUAAACAUGCUGUGCUUUACGAAACUUAAGCUAGUAACUUAGCCUUGGAUCAUCGUACUAAGUAACCUAAAAACUUAGCCUCAGUCUGCAACACAAUUAGACUUACCUCUUGCCAGGCGCGUCAGUCAAUCAGUCAAUCAGUCAAGCAAUCAGUCAAGCAAUCAGUCAAUCAGUCAAUCAAUCAAUCAAUCAAUCAAGCAAUGAAUCAAUCCUCCUAACUACUACUACCACUUGCUUCAAGGUCGUCUAAUCCGUCGCCUGUGCUUGGUCUCCAGUUUGGCAUGACAGGGAUAGACUGCGUCUAUGGAAUGCCGGACGGGUAUAAGAAGACCCGCGGCUGGAAAACCGCAGACCUGGUGAAAGAGUAUCAUUAAGCCACCAUCUCUUAUAGAGAUGAUGAUUACACAUCUCUUAUAGAGAUGAUGAUUACAUCUGAGGUAAUCAUCAUCUCUAUAAGACAUGUAUAAUACAUCAUUAUUGCAUCAUCUCUUACGUACCAGUAUUUUUCUCUUCUUUGACCUUUUUGAUGAGUAAAAAAUGACUCCCCCCGUGAGCAUGCCUCCACUCUUACCAGUAUUUGACAAUUUAGUAUUCACAAGUAUGCUAGUAAUUCAUCUGGACCUUUUUGAUGAGUAAAAGAUAUCUACUCAGGCGUGAUUGACCGGGAAAAAGAUUCGUUCCAAAGAGAACAGAAGUAGGUAGGUCAAGGAUGUUGUCUUGAAGAAUGUAAUGCCGGAGCCUCUAAUAUCAGCGAGAACGGGCGGAUUUCGCUGUCAUUCGGCGUCUCUGCGAGUCUACGUUAGAACGCAAGCCACCUUAUGACGAGCGUGAUUCUGAUACUACUUGUACCUACUAGUAUAAAGUGAAAGUAAUUUUUGGUGAAAGACCAAAGUGAAGAUGCUUGUACCGAAUCGAGUGGAGAAGAUGUUUUGUUUUCUCCGUAAGAAAGGCUAAGCGAAAAGGACUCAGUCGCUGGAAGGAGCAGCAAAAAGACACUGCCGCGUCGUGGAAUCACACUAUGAUUUAAUAUUAUCAUACUCGGCAUCUUAGUACUACACUUGGUACACAACUCUUGAUCUAAGUUUUGAAUUUGAUAAUGGACCCUCGCCUUAGGAAGCUGAUGGCGCAAGGAGGUGGAAGCAUGUGCGAGAAGGAGGUCAAGGUUAAGGAUUUUAAGUAGUUUAUAUCUAUACUAUCUUGAAGAUGAUACAAUACUUAAGGGUAGGUUAAAGGUGCUUUUGUUACGGCUUGUUAUGGCUCUCCUAAGGGAGACAGCCAUAACAAGCGGGAUAAACGAACACCAAAAGCCUACCGCUAAAAUACUUUAACAUAAGAAUUCUAUGCGGCUCUCGAAGUACCUCUGGUAGAGCCAAGAAAUAGAAGUAAUAUGAAGUCUAAGACACUAAGUGAUGUAUGCGUAGAUUUGAAAUAAUGACUAUAAUUAGAUUUAUUCUAGUAGAAGUUGAUAAGUAGAUGACUUGAGACAGCUUUAAGUAUUGGUCAAUAGAAUACGACGAGGGAAAACUAUUGGCGUCUGGAAAAGCGAGGGCUACCUGGCACCACUGGGCCGCACUUCUCACGGUUAUGAUGAAGCUUUGCUCUUCGUUGUUCGUCAGACACCUAAGAAAGUAUGCUAAUUCAUUGGUCGUUGACUUUCUUCUUUUUCUGUUAGGGCCGCUCAACUGGAAUAAUGAUUCACGGGUUCAUCAACAUCAAUCUUGAGAUGAUGCACUCGGCGGAGAGUACAGAUUUGCCCUGUGGACGACGAAUAAACUGCUAGGAUAUUCCAAAAUUCGUAGACGUUAUCCCCCUAGUAUCAGUAGCAGCGCUGCAAUUCAGCAGCACUACAACUCAGUAGUACUUCGAAAACUCUUUCUUCUUUUCAUAAUGUUCUCCUUCUGGUACGGCUUUCGCGGUGGAAGCUACUUCCUACAGAUCCCUCCAGACGAGGACCCGCAGAUCCUUGUGGAGGAGCCACCACAAGCACUACAGGGGCACGCCAGCUACGCCAGAAAUUGAAAACAAAACUAUAGUAGUUUAAUAGAUAGAGUAGAAGUUGGUUCUUGGUAUUGCUGGGGUGUCAAACUGCUGUUUCAAGUUCUUGAGCAUGCUAUUACUGGGUCACUAGUGGAAUCCUUCCGCGAUGAAGUAUACCGAAGUAUAAGCUGUGCCAGAGCACCUGAAUGAAUUGGUUCUAGCUCGUAGCUCACGAGCAGACUAUUUUCUUCGUAGGCUUAAUUGGUGGUAGAGUCGAUUGAGUCAUCUGCGAUAGGUCAUGUACAAAGAUCUAGUCGUAGUUACGUACUCUGUCGACGACAGAACGUCAUGGGAUAAUAAGUACGUGUAAUGACAACUAUGGCCAAGAAAAAGCGCAUCACUCAUGCUUCAGUGUUUUCUAAGAAGAAGAUGCCGUGGUGCCGUCUUUUCUGCAGUUUGCUCCUAGUAAAGGAGACCUUAGUAAAGGAAACCUCUUGAACAAGAAAGAGGCAUUAAGGCUUUCAAGAGUAGACAUCCUGAAGAAAUAGAAAGGAAACAGGAGUUGAUCUCUAGCGCGAGAUCCUUUGCUUCUUUUCUCUACUUGGGUGAAGAGGGCACAAGGAUCUCGAGUCUCUAACGGCGAAGGGUGGAGUCCGCCACGGGAUGCUUUCAGCGGGCAAGGCGAUGACGCACGUAGCAAAAAAGGGAAGGAAAUUCUGGGAGCAAAAAUUAUGGAGGACGCAGUUUCUCUAAUUCGCUAUAAAAGAUACAUUUAAAGUAAUCUAACUUCUCGUGCUGUGCUCUAGUAAAUAUUUUCAGUGCUACUCUAAGAACCGCGCUGCCAGCACUAAAAGAGGCUUCGAGAAAAGCCGCGUCCUUGCUGAAGUCUGGAGUCGACCAUGGGAAGAAAUUCUUGAAGAAGAAAUUAAGGAUAUAGUUUUUUCAAUCAGUUAUAAUAGCUGUGCUCAAAAUGUUUUCAGUGGCCGAAGAGCGUCGUUCGCCUCAUCACUAUAGAUACUAUAGUAGAAAUAUUCUACUCAUCGCUUGCAAUGUCUGAAGGCAAAACUACUCUAAAAACAGUCUCGCCAGCACUGCAAAAGUUAUCGGCAAAAGUCGCUCCUGCUUUGGCUCGCUUACCUGGCUACCGCAAGGCGACGGCAGCGUCUGCCCGAGUUGCCGAGGAGAUUUAAGGCUACACUCCUCAAAAUUGUUAUAUUUGAAAUUGUAGUUUGGGUUCUUGGAGUGCACUUCUGGUUCUUUGUUUUCCUCAGCAAAAAAACCAGCAGUCAUUCAAUCGCAAGAUCAUGAGGAACAGCCGCGCAAACACUGACAACAACAAGCUAGGCCAGCUGGUAGAAAUCGUCAGCGAAAUCGUAGGCACUUUGCCCAAUCGCUUCAAGUGUGGAAUUAAAAAGCGUCAUGAUUUGGUAAAGUAGGCACAGUCCCCACUCACUCACACGGAUCAAAAAUUGAAAACUCUAACUCUGUGCCGGAUUGGUCGCAGCCGCCGGAUUUAUGCAGGGCCCGCGCAGCUAAUCCAAUUACUUCUUUAGUUAGAGUUAGAGAAAGGGUCCCUUUGCCUUUGACGCCUCAUCCUCUUGUAUUAGUGUUGCAUGUAUGUACAUUUGAAGAUCCUAUGCUAUCCUAAGGAAUUGAUCUCUGUAGCGACGUAGAAAAUUAGCCAGUUGUAAUAUAGAGUCCAACCCCAUAAACCUGCCCCCCUAUGAUCAUUUUUAGCUACAUGUUAUUAAGAUACUUCCUAUCACGACGAUUCUUCAUGCAAUCGCUGAAGGCAGCGAUCGAGCGUGCCAUGAACGGAGCGGCGAAACACUGCCAAGUCUUCACAACGUAAGGCUGGAAGCAAAACUGACAUUCUAUAUACGGGGAAUUAUCUCCUGGAGUCAAAUACUUGUGCCAGGCAGUUUCUACAUACUUCGGCAUGAACCGCUAUAACAGGCGAAAAACUAGGUAGUCCAAACGAGUGCUAGUCCAAGCGUAGUCCAAACGAGUGCUAGUCCCAGCGUCGUCCAAACGAGUGCUAAUCCCAGCGUAGCAACAAAGACACAUCACCCGAAUCAGUAUGACAACGAAGUGCACGUCUUCACCCUUUCCCUUGUGCGCCCUCUAAUCAUUAUUCCUCAUGUCUGUCCUGCCGCUAGGAUCAGACUUCGUACUGAGACAGGAUCCCGUAGCGAGCGACCCGAACGAUAAGGGCUGGGACUGGAUAGACAUUCCCAACAAGACAAACAAGGGUGAAGCAGUCGUGGAGACGACCACCACGGAUACGACCACCAAGGUGCAAGUCGCUGAUAUGCGUCAGAAUCCGAACACUGGUAGACUGACUCUAGUCUUAUGGACGACUCAAACAAUUUAGUACAUAGAGAAGAGUUGUCCCUGUUGUACUACAUUCGAGAAGUGGUCGUAAAUGAAUGAAUGAACGAAUGCUCUUAUGCGUUCAGCACUGCUUUCACCUGAUCUAUUCCAUGCAUGGCAUGCAUCCUUGGUAGUGAGUAAGAGAAUCGCCUGUUGAUCAUGUGGAGUCUCGGUGUUAUAAUCUAAGUAAAAUCUUCUUUUGAAUUGUCAACGUCAGCGUGUGGAUUAGUAGUGUUUUGCCGUUGAAAUUCAAAGACUCUCUCUCAGCAAAGCUCUAACAGUUAAUGUGCGCAAGUAUCUCGGAACGCUCAAGAUGCCGUAGAGAAGAUAGUGGCUCCGUUCUUUGUCAAGAACGGGGUCGGAAGAGAGUUGAAGAAGUUCGAGGUUGGGUUUGAGGAGUCUAUGUGAUUGUGCAUAGACUACAUUUUGUGAGAUUUAAUACAACCAAAUGAACAAGACGCAGUAUGAUUUGGUGAGAUGCUGGACUUUCAUAGGCAGAUGACGCCAAAAACACGACUCAUUUCCAAGAAAGAAGAACAUGUAUAUUGCGGUUGGAACUACUAGAUGCAGAGAAUAUUGUGAUUCUCGUCAUCACGAUUGUUAUAACGAAAGACGACAAGAGGCAUACGACACUAUUUUGCCACGACGAACAUACUCCACACGAACAGCAUAACAAUGAUGCUAUUCAAUGUAAGUAAUACGACAAGCACAGUCAAGAAUGUAACACAACGAGCACACUCAAAUGUAACACGACAAGCACAGGCAAGAAUGUAACACAACGAGCACACAGAAAUGACAAUACUCAAUAUAGAACAAGAACAAGCACACUGAAUAGUACUAUCGCUAGGUAAAAAAGGGAAAUGAUGUCACUCAGCUAAAAACGAACCGCAUGAUGGGGAAUCAUAUCUUUUUGAAUCAUAUACAUAUUUUGGGAGAGAAUCAAUAUCAAAUAACUUACUAAUUGCGCAUUAUACAAUCCAUGUAUACAACCACUACGAUUGAAAUUCUACGCACCAAGUGGACAGUUCCCAACAGUCGUAGAGCGUCUCUACAAGU